CCGCAUUCGCUCCUCUGCUCUACCCUGAUCUAUCUGCAAUCCCAACCUAGAUUGCAAAAUGUUCAGAGUGAUCGUUUUCGUCGCUGUCUUCGCAAUUUUUGCAGCAUCACUUGAACUACCAAACACAGGUUUCGAGGCGGAAAUGUCGAUUGAAUGCUUGGGCUGUGUCUGCGAAGCGACAACCAGAUGCAACCUGAACUACAAUUGCACGCAGGGUCUGUGCGGCCCAAUGCUCAUCUCCGAACCCUACUGGUUUGACGCUGGCCGACCUGUCAUCGAUGGGGAUAACACUAAUUGGAGCGGAGCCUUCCAUCGGUGCGUGACCGACCCCGUUUGUGCUGGGGCCACAGUAAGAAAAUACAUGGCCAAAUACAGACAGGAUUGCAAUGGUGAUGGAAGGAUUGACUGCGAUGAUUUUGGUCGUCUGCACUACUAUGGUGGCUACAAGUGCCAAAAGAGAAUCGAAGGCACGCAAUACUGGCGGCAGUUCAUGGAAUGCCGAGCUGCCACCAACCAGCUAGGUGGACAGUUUAGGUAGAUGGGAAAAUGGGAAUUUCUUUAAUUGCUUCCACGGACUUGCAAAGACUCUAGAAAAUUUUAAAGCUGAAACCUAGUAAUUUAUUUUCACAAAAUGGACUUUUGCUUUUAUGACUGAUUGAUUAUAUUGGAGAAACGGUCGGCUUAUUUAAACUUUGUAAUUUCAUGUUGU